ACGGUGUAUUUUCUCCUUAUAUAGAAUAAAUUAAGCUAAAGCAGCAUAAAGAGAGCCAGCAUGUUGGACACCAGUCAAGGACUUUGUGUUGCUUUCAGCCAUAUGGUUCUUUCCCAUCUCUUUCCUUUGAUAAGUUGGGAUAUAAAAGGUAGGAGAGGGGGUUUGAAGAGCUCUGCUGCUGGCUAGAUCCACACGCAGACUGACCCUACCAUGAAGAUCCUCAUAUUCUUGUCUUUGCUUGGAGCAGCACUUGUCGCAGCUGACGAUGAGAAAGUUGUCGGCGGAUACGAGUGUGGCAGACACUCCGUUCCCUACCAGGUGUCUCUGAACGCCGGCUACCAUUUCUGCGGUGGCUCCCUCAUCUCCAGCCAGUGGGUCAUUUCCGCCGCUCACUGCUACAAGUCACGCAUCCAGGUGCGUCUCGGUGAGCACGACAUCGCUGUGAAUGAAGGCACCGAGCAGUGGAUCGACGGCGCCAAGAUGAUCCGGCACCCUCAGUACAACAGCUACAACCUGGACAACGACAUCAUGCUGAUCAAGCUGAGCCGACCCGCCGCCCUCAACGGCUACGUCCAGACCGUGGCCCUGCCUUCCCGCUGCCCCGUGGCCGACGAGAGCUGCCUGGUGUCCGGAUGGGGCAACACCUCCGCCGGUGGAAGCAACUACCCUAACAGACUCCAGUGUCUGAGGCAGCCCAUCAUCGACCACCGCAUCUGCAGGAACGCGUACCCCCACCUCUUCACCGACAACAUGGUGUGCUCUGGAUUCAUGCACGGAGGCGCCAGCAGCUGCCAGGGUGACUCCGGCGGUCCUCUGGUGUGUGGCGGUCAGCUGCAGGGAGUUGUGUCCUGGGGUUACGACUGCGCCAUGCAGGGACACCCCAGCGUCUACGCCCGCGUGUGCCGUUACAACAGCUGGAUCAACUCCGUCAUGCUCAGCAACUAAACACCUAUACAUUCAUGUAUCUGCUGCUGUUACAGCUACGUCAUAAUGUUUCUGCAAACAAGAGCUGUGAAAUUUAAUAAAACGUGUCGUCGGGUCCGUUG